CCAGCUCAACAGCAAUCUUCAGUUCACCUUAACUACUCGUAAGCUCUGGUUCACCGCUCAGUCAUUUUCUCUCCCAAGAAGUUUUGAACAUUGUUCGUGUUCGCUUGCAUUCUCUCUGACGGCCGUUGGGAGGUUGAAUGUGAAGAAGACUCGAAGAAAACAUUACUAAUUCCAUUAUCAAAUAACAGUGGAAUAUCUCAAAAGGCUCUUCUUUUUUUUUGUACCAAGCGCCUCUCUUCAGGCUUUGUGUGUUUCUUUACUGUUUUUCGAGGGUUAAUUAAGUGAUUUUUUCCUUGAGGAGUGGACCCAAAAACACAGCGUCAGAAAUUGCUUUAUUACAAUGGUGUUUUGAUGGUGAAUCCACAAGUGUUGGUUAUCUUCUGAAAAUAAAAAAAAAGUAUAUUUAUGGUUCAUUUAUCGAGAAUUGACAAAUUCUCAGGAUUAGCACCUAGUGUGGUGGAUUAGGACACUAUAUAUAAUAUUCUACAUAUUGUGUUCAAGAGUGCCACAUCUAACAACCUAUGCCAAUUCGGUGGCAAAUACUUUUUAAUGAAUAAUAAAUUGGGGAUUUAGUCGGAUACUGCCUGGAAAUUCAGAAAUCAUCAUGUUUUCUGGAAUUUCGAGUACACCGAGUCAUGAAACAUUCCGCGGCGAUGAUACAAUUAAUCUCACCACCGAUAUAGAUUUCUGGUCAAAUGUUAUAGAAGAGAACUUACUAAACUCACCGUUGACUUUCGAUGCGAGUGAGGGUGGUCUAUGGAAUGGAAAGUUCGUUCCUCCGCCACCUAGACCACCCUUUCUCGAAGAAACCGUCUCGUCUGAUGGCUUGACCACGUGUGAUUUAUGCGCCUGGGCAUGGCGUGAACGAAAUGCAUUUCCACUGGAUGGACCAAUAAAUGAAUCAUCCGGUGAUUUGGGAUGGGCACUUACCUUAAUAACUGUGUCACUUCUAUCGGCCCUCAUAGGUGCUAUUGUGAUGGUUAUAUUCUUUAGAUGUAGAAGACUUAAAGCAGCCAAUGCCGCUGGUGGUCGUCAAUUGCAGUGGUGGUGUCGUGCACCGCGACAGAAUGUGGCAACCAAUAGAAGUAUGCUGGCUAAACAUACGGCGGACAGUGUUCGUGGUUCUCACAGCAAUUCAGGACUGUGGACAUGGCUGAAUACAAGGCGUGUGUCGGUGGGGCCGGAUCAGCUCACGCAAACACAAUCAUCGCCGGCCGAGAAUCACUACACCCAUAUGAAUGAUGCCUACAGCCCGGUGGAGGUGGACGAGGCUCUCUAUGCUGAACUGGAUCGAGAGUCUGUUCAAUCGGGACAGCCGUCGUACCAAAACACCGCGUACAGUGGCUGUGGCGAGAUAUUCUUACAGGCGGACCAAGAAGUCCCAAUGGUGUCCUCUGCGCCCAGUAGCGCAUACUACUCUGACUUGUCAGUGACUGCCAUGCCACCGGAACGCACGUACGAAGUAGUCGGUUUAACUGUGAUAUCUGCACCACUUCCCAACUGGGAGCCAAGUGACAAUCAUGGUAAUGAGGGCUUCUCGCAAGGGAAACGACCAACACGCCUUGCGGCGAUAAAUGAGAGCUCAACGGUGCCCUCAGAGUACGUUUGACUGAAAGAUGAUUCACCAUAAGCAUAAUACGCUCCACCAUUGUAAAUUUUUCUUCAUCAUGUAAAUGAGAAAAAUAUUCAACUCUAGGUCCUAUUUAAUUUAUAAAUUAGAAACUGUCAUGUACAAGAUGACACCAUCUACUUAUAAGAUUAGUGCAACCGCCCAAGAACACUUGUCAUCAGAGUCCAAUAUUUGCAAGUAUCAUUAACCAAGAAAGUGGUGUCUCAACAAAUAAGUUAGACACUCAAUGUAGAAUUUUAGAACGAGAUUGAAAGAAGUGAGUUCAGAGUGAAAUAAGAUAAUAAAUAAACAGGCAAGACUUUCAAAAAGAAGUAUAACAGAGUGAAACAUAAAAUUUAUGGCACAUUUUUUUUUUCAAAUAGACAAUUCCAACAUUGAUACAACCAUUUUAUGAAUAUAUUUAUUUUGUGCAAUAAAA